AUGUCUCCUAUCCCCAUGGAUCUUGUCGCAGGGCCUGCGCCCGUUCACCCAUUCACCAUGGGAUUCACCGGGGGCUCGCCUUCAUCACCUUGUGCCUCAGCAUUUGGGGCUGCACUUGGGCAUGGUAUUCGAAGCGUGAGGACUAGCGGCGCGCCCGCCGAUACGGAUAAGAAGGCGAAACACAACCAGGACGAAGAGAUGGAUACGCCCAAGUGCUCCUGUAACGAAGCCAUCACCGAUAUGGAAAAGGAACUUAAGUCACUGGACAAGGCCCGGGAGACUCUCGAUAAGCGGCUCACAUCUGCCCGAGGAUACACCACCGCUUUCCAGAACACCGCCGAGAAUCUAAAGGAAUGCAAUUGCGGAAAAGACAAGCUCAAGAUCACUCAGUCGACGGGUUCGCCGCUUGUGCGAACCGUAUCUGCAGUCAAGAUAGACAAAACGUCGGCUCGGAACCCUUAUGCUGGCAAGUCGAAGUAG